CGCCGUGACUCGGACCUCGGCUGAAGAUGAAUGCCGCCGUGUUGGCCUGCUGCCUCCUCUUGCUGCUUUUCAUCCCGGCAGCACCGAUGUGCAUAGCUAGCGAUUACACCUUGUACGUGGAGAAGCCUGAGUGCGACUUCUGCGUGGCCAUCAACACCACCAUCUGCAUGGGAUUUUGCUACUCCAGGGACAGCAACAUCAGAGACCUAUUUGGCUCGCGCUUCCUGAUCCAAAGAGGCUGCACCUACGACAGGGUGGAGUACCGCACGAUCCAGCUGCCCGGAUGUCCCGGAGCGGCCAGCGCCGCCUUCGCCUACCCGGUAGCACUCAGCUGCCACUGCGGAGCCUGCAGGACAGAUACGGAUGAGUGUGCCCACAGGGCUGACAUGGGCGGCAUCGCAUGCACCAAACCGGUCCGACAUAUGUACCCAUACCUAGGCGACUUCAUGCUCUAAUGAAUCCCACUUGUUGCUUUGCCGUGUUUGCCAUCUCUGAGUCACUGACCUGGUUUAUCUCGAAUGUAUGCAAAUGUGUGUGGGUAGAUUCCACGCUCUUGAUUAAAGCCUCUAAAUAGCUUUCCAACUAAGCUGCGCUUGACUUAAGCACAUCCUGUUUUGCUUUUUGUUACCUGCAAUGUCACCUCAGAGACUAGAUUAGCCUUGACACAUGAAGAAGCCCUUGUUAUGGGUUGAGGAAUGAAGGCCCCUGUAUUUCUUCAAGGACAGUGUCGCCAAAACAUAAGAUGGAUUUGAAUUGUUGACUUAAAGUCCCUGUCUUCUAAAUUUAACAUACCACAAAAGAAGCAUGUUAAGUGUGUCAAAUUUAAAACUCACACAAUAAGGAUAAAGAAGUUCCUCAGUUUUCAUUCUUAUGGCAUUGACGUAACUCAAAUCUUCGAAAGACACUUUCUUAAUGACAGUAAAUAUUCCCCUCCAUAAAUAACAGAAGAAGGACAAAGAAAUACGAAGAUAAAACUUCAGCUGUAACUGAGCUCUUAUUCACCACUCCACACAUUCUUAACCUUGAAACAUUAAAUUGUGUCAGGACUCAGAAAUGUCGUAAACUUGUUUUUGCUUUCAUACUAGUAUUGAAAAUAACGAAUGCCCAAAUGCUAUUCUGGUCUGCAAUCUGCAGUUGACUUCAACUACUGGCUGCUCUGGUGGUAUACCUCGGUCCCAUUGUCAACACGAAAUGAUGCAUUCCUUCUCCGAUGUCAGUAGCAAGGAGUGACCAACUUGACUUUUUUCCAAGUUGUUUGAUUUGGUAACAUGCUCUUGUGUUAGCACCUCUCAUCCCCACAGGAGCUUUUGGGAAGACAGCUGGAGUGUAUUAAUAGCACGGCCGGCCGGUCAAGAGUGGGAGAACGCUCAAUACGCAUGGUCAUGUGAAUGGAUGACAUCACUCCCGUCAUCAUGUGAUGUCCACCCUUUUGUCUUUAUGAUCCUUCCUAUUCCCGGCGCACCUCUGACAAGGGCUCAUGUUUUUGGUUUAAAGCCGAUGACACAGAAGGGAAAGAUAUUCUAGGGAAGGGUUAAAACGUGUUUGUACAAAGCCAAGGCAAUCUUACCUAACAGCGAUCUUGCACAACAGUACCUGAGGCACUGUAGCUCUUGGAGGGCCUGCAGGAAUUUGUUGGCCUUCAAUGAGAUGUUCUAAAGCAAUGUGGGGUUGAGUACUUUUGGAAUCUGCUGAACCUGAUCUGUGAGGCACAUACCAUUCAUCCAUUUGAAAAAAAUAACAUGCCGUUUGGUCAGUAUUGUGCUUACUUAACAACAGCAAUUGUACCACCAUACAGUGGACCGACCCAUGGGCUGCAGACACCUCAUUCUCAAGCGAGGCAAUCAUUUGAGUUUUUAUACACACUUUGAAUUACA